GUUUUUGUCAUGUGGCUUCUACUGAAUACAAAAGCAGCAUCAGGAUGUAGAACAGCAAAAAUGUCAGCAAUUCCUGGCACAGUGUUAAAUCUGGGAUCUUCUGUCAGCAUUACCUGUACCUUAACCAGAGACAGUAAGAAUUGUCCAACAAUAUUUAAAAGAAAAAGCAGGUCAAUGAUGAACAAUAUUUGCAGCAAUAAUGCUUCCAGCGUGAGCGUACAAGACAUCAACCCGUCUCCUGGUGAUACAAUAUAUACAUGUCACCUGAGACCCGUCCAGGACCGGUCAGUUUGCAUGAUAAAGAUCUCUGUUGGAAAGUCUCCAGACCAGCCUACGAUAGUGAAUUGUGGAAACGAGGAGGAAAAUAGUACAAUGUUGUGUUCGUGGACAACUGGAAGUGAAACCUACAUCAAGACAGCAUACACUUUACAGGUUUGCCAGGGAACAUCAUGCACUGACCAUGCACUUAUCUCUGGAGGGUACGGAGAACGUGGAAUACGGUUUAUGAAGUUUCCGUUCAUCAUGAGACGCGGGGAGGAUUUUAUAGUUAAAGUUGCAGCAUCUAAUGGUCUGGGUACAAACUCCUCGCUGCCACAUACAUUCGCAUAUUUUGAUGCAGUGAAACCAAGUCCACCACAAGAUAUAUUAAUAGAGUUUAAUAACGCUACAAGUAGCUGCAACAUCAGCUUUCUCGAUCCGCAAGAUUCCCAGCAUUUCCGGUUAAGAUAUCGACCCAUCCAUGACAGAUCUUGGAAUGAGGUGGACAUUCUAGGAACCAAAAUCUAUAAUCUGCCCAACCUGAUUCCAUUUACAAUCUAUGAGUUCCAGGCUUCAUGUAAAUUCUUAGUCAAUACUGGGAAAUGGAGCAACUGGAGUGAUCCAGUGAUAACCCAAACUCCAGAAGAUGUGCCAGUUGGGAAGGUCGACAUCUGGUACAGAUUACGGAACGUUGAUGAUAAUACAAAGAUUAUAAAUCUUUUCUGGAAGAAUAUGACUUUAUCCCAAUCAAGGGGGGUGAUCCUGUAUUACAAUGUGUUUUUUUACAAUGAGAAUUAUAGGAGCCCUGCCAAUAAAAUCACCACGAAAAACACGUGGCUUGCCACAGACAUCGACGUGACAAUAUGUAUCAUAACUGUGUCAGCUUAUAACUCGAAAGGAAACUCCCCUCCCACGUACGUUAAUGUAACUGCUCAGCGUGUUUCAGAUUUAAUGUCUCCGAUUAAUGUUGCUGCUCAAGGAGCUGGUGACAAUGUAAUAGUGCGGUGGGAGGAGUCUCCGAAGAAUGAAAUGAUGUCCGUGGAUUAUUUUACCAUAGAAUGGGUAGAACGUGGUGCAAUACACUAUAACCAUCCAAACUGGAUGAAAGUGCCCAGAAAUAACAGAUCAGCAGUAAUAUCAGGUAAUCUCAAACCCUGGACGUGUUACGAGCUCCGUGUUUACCCAGUAUUGGGAGGAAGAGCCGGAAUACCUGGGAGAACCUCAGGAUCCAUCAAAGAGAAAGCUCCACUUUCCAGUCCUGAAUUUCACGUUAAAAUAUUGGAUCACCGUAGCGUGUUGGUGACAUGGGAAGAGCUCCCCCCCAGAGAGCAAAUGGGCUGUAUUGUCAAGUACACUAUUUAUAUUAAGAAUACAAUCUUCGGCUUUACCAGUCAGAUUACAAUAUUCCCCACUGAAUUGUCAAAGAAUCAAUACAAGAUCACUGACAUGAAGCAAAACGUUCACUAUCUCAUCUGGAUGACGUGUUCGACAGGAGGAGGAGAAAGCACUGGGCAUCACGAGCGUCAAAUAUUUAUCGACUCGCGAGGUCAGAACUUCAGAAAAUCAAACAGAAUUAUUGAUUUGCCUAAUAAAUCUAACAUGACGUUUAUUUGUGUGCUUCAUUCCCAAGAUUCCAUGAAAAUAGUUUUGAGUCUUACGCUGGUACCAGUGAUAUUGAUAACCUGCGCCUGUGCAAUCCCAUCAGCGAGACGAAGGCUUUUGUACUACCUGUAUGCAAUUCUUUCUCGAUGGGAUGUAAAAACCGUCCCAGACCCGGCUAACUCGAACUGGGCUAAACAAUACACACAAAACAAGGAGAUAAUGGAUUUCAUGCAUAAAAACUUGUUGGAAACCUCCAAUUAUGAUGAAACAGAGACCCUGGAAAUAAAAGAGAUUGAUAGCGAAGAAGAAACUCUGCCUUUGACGUCUCAAUUGUCUGUUGAUAGUGUUGAAGAUGAACAAACAACGUUAUCAAGCACAGAUGAUUCCAUUCCACCACCUACAGAGGAUGACUUGCUCAUACAGCCCAAAAUUUUGUUGCAACCUCACGACCAAGACUUGUACAAGACUCUAAGAUCUGAAGAGCCUGUCCAGUGUGACACAUCGGAUUACUUGGUCAAUCAGGACAUUACUAUUGAUUAUUUACCAACGCACAUGCUUGACAACACAGAGGACAUGAGUGACGAUGAACAUUUCCCAACUCAAUUUGUCAUCCCUACCCAGUUUGUGGCAGAAGGAAAACUACGCUUGGACACCGUGAGGAUCAACUGCCAUUCUUUUGUCGAGUAAAGACUGGGAAUAACUACAUAUAAUCUGGCAUUAACCAUACUAUCUGAAAAUAUUUUAUAAAGUAUUUAUUUGGGAGCAAGUACCGAGUAGGAUUAUUUGACGAUCAGC